AUGCUGGCUGCUGCUGAUGCUGCUGCUGUUGGAGCUCUUAAUGACGGCGUUGCUGCUGCGGCAGCUGCUGCUGCUGCUGCUGCUGCAGUAGCAGCUGCAGCCGUGGCAGCUACGAGCUGUUCUGCCCCUCUUCUCAAGGGCCUAGGCUACGAUUGUCUGCUGAACACGUGGGAUUUGCUGCAGCAGAAGAAGCAGGGGUGUAUAGACACCCAGAAGAUAGCAGGAGGGCGGGGGCUGCAGCAGCUGCAGCAGCAGCAGCAGCAACAGCAGCAGCAGCAGCAGCAGCAGCAGCAGCAGCACCACUCUGCCGCCGUCUGUGGGGACGGCGAUGAGGGGGCCUUCGACAGCAGCACAGUGGCUUUGGGCCUCGGCGACGGCUCUGUUAGUCUGCUGCGAUAUGCAGACUGUCGCCUGCUGCCCACCCCCUGCUGCCGCCUGGAGGCCCACCACGCUGCUGCCACUCAACUUUGCUUCUUAUCCCUGCAGCAGCAGCAGCAGCAGCAGCAGCAGCAGCAGCAGAAGCAACGGCAGGCGAAGCAGAAGCAGCGGCAGCGGGACAAGCAGCAGCGCCAGCAGCAGCAGCAGCAGCAGCAGCAGCAGCGCGAGUUGCUGCUGAGCUGCGGCGACGACAAGAAGCUGUGUCUCUUUUCUGUAGAAGCAAAUCGGAAGCUGCUGCUGCUGCAGCAGCAUUUGCUGCCAGCAAAGCCCAACGCGCUGAAGGCAAGCCAGGCCUGCUGCUGCUGCAGCAGCAGCAGCAGCAGCAGCAGCUGCUGCUGCUGCUGCAGCAGCAGCAGUUCGAGGCUCGCGGAAAGCGUGCGUGUUUUCGUCGGCGACGUUACUCCUGAUAUCAAACUCAUUGAUUUGCGGCUCUAA